GUACUUUAUAGCCCUCUGCAUACAGUUAUUCGAUCCAACGGACUCCAUCUACCAUCUUUAACACUGUUUGGCGUGCUGCGUGACCGGUUCUAUUACUGUUUCAAAAGUUUAUGUUCAUAUUUAUGAAUUCUGUGCCUUUAUAUUUCACUACAACGCAAGCUUUAUCAUGAGUACAGAUAGCAUCGAAAAGUUGUAUAAAAACUUUGGCAUUUUAGCUGAUGCCAAAGAUAAGUUAGCCGAACAUGAAAAAGAAUACUUAGAAAUUUUGACUGCUGUUAAAGGAUCAUCCAAAGAGAAACGUUUAGCAUCUCAAUUUAUUGCAAGGUUUUUUAAAUAUUUUCCAAAAUUAGCUGAUCAAGCAAUAGAUGCUCAUUUAGACUUGUGCGAAGAUGAAGAUAUGGCGAUAAGGAAACAAGCUAUAAAAGAUUUACCUACUUUGUGUAAGGAUAACAAAGAGUACACUGCAAAAAUUGCUGACAUUUUAGCUCAAUUAUUACAAGCUCAAGAUCCAUCUGAAUUAGCAGUUGUACAUAACAGUGUUAUGUCUCUUUUGAAAAGUGAUCCAAAAGGUACAAUAAGUGGAUUCUUUAGUCAAAUUAUUAAUGGAGAUGACGGAACAAGAGAAAGGUGUAUUAAAUUUUUAGCUACAAAGUUGAGAGCAAUAGGUCAUGACAUUAUUACUAAAGAACCAGAAGAUUUAUUAAUUGCAGAAUGCAAGAAAGUCUUACAAGAUGUAACGGCCGAUGAAUUCCAUAGUAUCAUGGAAGUUCUUAGCUGGACUAGAUUAGGCUCUACUAUUACAGGCCAGCAAGAAUUAAUUGACAUCACGGUUGAACAAGCUGAACUUUCUGUGCCAUUUAAGCAUACAAAUAUUGAACAGUGGAGCCGACUGAUACAAUGUAUCAAACAUGCUCUUCCAUUCUUUAGUUCUCAGAUUGAUUCAUCAAGAUUUGUUUCGUAUAUCUGUGUUCAAGUUUUACCACAUUUAUCAUUAAUUAAUGCAUCUGAUGGAAGGGAUAGCCAGUUGGAGUUGUUAAAACUUCUUGCAGAAUUAACUGUAUUUUGUGGAACAAUAGAAAAACCAGAAGAAAAAGUACAACAGUUAUACAACACACUAAUUACGUAUAUGCCUCUUCCGCCAGCUACAGAGAUAACAGAUGUCCCAAAGUUACAAUUUAGUCAUGUGGAAUGUUUAAUGUAUGCUUUUCACAAACUAUGUAAGCAAACACCUGAAUUUUUGGUAAAAGAUCCGGAACAACUUAAAGAAUUCAGACUUAGGUUGCAAUACUUCGCUCGAGGGAUUCAAGGGUAUAUAAAAAAAUUACGUGAAGCAAUUAGCGGCAAGUCUGAAGAAGAAUUAAAUUCAGAAGAGAACCAGUUAAAAGUAGUAGCAUUGAAAACAACAAACAACAUUAAUACUUUAAUUAAAGAUCUAUUUCAUUCACCACCCAGUUUUAAAAGCGUUAUACAUCUAUCAUGGAAAACAUCAAUGAAUGAUAAAAAGAGUGAAAAAAAUUCUUCAAGUCAAAAAAGACAUACUCCUAUCACAUUUGGAAAUGAUAGUAGUACCAGUAAACGGAAUAAAGAUGAAAAGAGUAAUAAAAGGGAAAUAUAUACACCUCCAAGUGGAAAAUACAGUUCAAAUAUAUCCUCGAAUUAUGGAAGCCGUGGUAGAUUUAGAGGUAACAGGUCUGGUGGACGAGGUGGCUACAGGCCAAGAGGGCGUAGUACUUGGAGGAAAAGUUUUUACUAAAUAUCAGAUAGUAUGAAAAAAGGAGACAUUUAAAACCGUGUAAUCAUAGAGAGUGAUUCAGUCAGACCUGAAAAAUAUAUGUGUACAGAAAAGUAUGUAGAAGUGUAUUAUCAACAGAAUGUGGUGUUAACAAAUGUGACGGAACAAGUAAGACAUUCUUUGUUCCUUAAAUGUGUGAAGAGUGUUUAUGUGAAUGUCUCAAUUACAUAAAAACCUUAUGAAAACAGACAAAAGAACACAAAUGUUUUCAAAGUGCAGAACAAAAUAUGAAUACUAUUGGAAUGAUCAUUAAAAAACAACAGCAAAGCUUUAUUUGAUAUAAAAUAUGAUACCCACGAUAAUUAUUCAUUCAUGAUUACUCUGCUAACACCAAACAAAAUAUAAAUAAAUACUUCAAUUUGAUAACAUCUAUAUAUAAAUGAUAUAUAAUGGAAGCCAGUUUAAAUGUACAAAAUGUAUGUACACAUAAUGUGGCUAUAAGAUGAAAUCGUAUAACAAAUGAAAAACACGAAUAUGAAGAGUUUAACUAAGAAGAAAGAUACUUCUGUUUCUUAGUGAAAUAAAUAUAAUGUCAAAGAUACAUUUUUCUAUUGAAAAUUGAAAUAACAUAAUUAUUAUAUACGUGCUUGAUAACUACUAAGCACAAGAAGAACAAGUUCCACAAAAUUGUAAUAUUCUCAUCGAAUCAAGAAAGUCAUAGUGUUUGUGCAGUGUCAGCAGAUAUAUUAGAAGAAAGAGGAUAUUACUCUUUCUAAAAAAAUAUGUAAUAUCAAAUUAUUAGCAGUCGUAACAUUUGUCUUAUCUUAAGUAACUUUUGUAUCUUGUGCCCUACCCUGUGAAUUUAUUUGUUGGCAGGAAUAAGAUGCAGCUCAUGUUGAGGAAACAGCUGUUAAUGAGAGACAAAAGAAUAUUUAAAAAAAAAGAGAGAGAAAAAAAGAAAAAAAAAGACGUGAUCAAAAAAACAAAAGACACUGUGAUCAUUAUUCUGAUUUAUAUAAGCUUCAACGCUUCAAGAAUGCUUUAACUUUACAAUAUAAUUUUUCUAUUUUUUCUUUAACAAUUCUAUCCAUUAUUUGAAUACUUUAUAUGUUCAAGACAAAUUAUUUAAUAUUUCGAUAUUAAAUAAAAACUUCAUCUGUGUUAAGUAAAGAAAUACAUAGAUCCUAAAGUUUCUUUGAUCAUGAUCUUAUAAAAUUUAUUUAAAAUAUUUUCUAUUUUACAGAAGCUGUACAAGAAUGGAAGGUGACGGAAAAAAAUUUAUGUAAAAAAUAAUUGUUUUACUUUACAGAUUUCUGAUGAGGACAUCACGAAGUUUCCAGAUGCUUGUAAUAUCAUAGAUAACGUUUUUCAUUGCAGGAGGCGUUCUAAAAUUUUGUAUGUAUUGUAUUGUACUUUGAUUAUAGCUGCUCAUAAGGUGAGUUUUAGGUACUCCUCCUCCCUUGUCCUUAAUUGAAUUCAUUAAUUCAUUUUUUGUAAUUCUGCAAUAUAAUCUUAUUAAUAUAAUAAAUAAUGUUAUACUCUAUA